AUGGCAUUGCAGCGCGCACAUAUCCAACUUGCCAAGCACCUUGAUAUCAACGCUCCUGGCACUGUGCAAGGCCCACCCUCGUCGCAGUCACAUCAUCUCCUCAACUUGUCGUCACAGCAGAGCUUCCCCACUUACGCUCUAGGCUAUGAUCCUCUUGAUGAUGUCGAAGAGAUGCAACAGCCGAUACCUGCACGGCCCGCCAACGGUCAAGGCACAGAACAUCCUUUUGACAUGCUCUCAGAGACCAAUCUACACCCAAUCCUCUUCCGCAUCGAGCCUGGCCCAGACCCCUUCCAGGGAGUGCCAGUACCGCUUUUGGUCGAUCAGCAAACAGGCCUGAUAGAGCACGGUAACAGCGGGCAACCGCUUCGUUACUUCUCCCACCUGCCUCGAUGGGUAGCAACAGAUGUGGCAGGCAUGAUCCUUGAGCUGUGGAUCCGGCUCGAUAGCCGGGUUCAGAUGUCCGACAUUCUCGACCGGGUGAACGUCAAUGGCAAGAUGCCGCGGCCAAAUACUUUGAAUAUGAGGAGAAUCCGGUUCAGAGAGAUAAUCAACGUGCCAGCGAUGUACCCAGGGCGGUCGAUGCCAACUGCGAACGAGGUGCAACUCAUUGGCAACUUGACGCGGGAACAGAUCCUGUUGAAUACCUCCAUGGCUGUAGAUUUGCAAGGAAACCGCCUGCUACGUCCGUGCCUGGUCAACAACAAGACGGUCGCAGGCUAUGUUGACAGCGGUCUAUCCAUCGACUUUUUCAUUGCAGACUUUGGCCUACCGAUUCCGAUCCCGGGCAGACGCACCAUUGUCACAUUGGAGCUUCGCAAGAGACUACAACAACUUGCGCGGCGACGGGGCCUGGGCAACCGACCGGCCGAUUACAACAAGCUGUCGAAGGAUCUGUUGCCCUCCUGGUGGAAUAAGUCUGUUGCUGUAACGCCAAUGCCGGACCUUGAUGGCAAGAGCCAUGACGAGUUUGUUGCCGACUUGCUGGACCGUUUGGCGCCCACGACAACCAGAAACCGAGUGCGAAGACCAGGAAUGAUGUCUUCUGCCUCUCCUGCCGGACCUGCUGCCCCUGCUUCUGCUCCUGUCAGUGCUACGACCAUCCCCGUGGCUCGGUCGGCCCUUCCAGCACCACCACUGCCAAGUCACGCUGGUGCAGCCACGCAAUCUACCAGCAGUCAACUUCCUCCUUCGACCACUCCCUCAGCUCUGCGCAAUGCUGCCGCCUUUUUCCCUCGUCCCAGCCAAACCGGUGCCAUGGGAGUUACUACAAAUAGUAACUUCAUCGACCCGCGCCUCUUGGUUUCAUUGCCAACGAGGACGAAGCUGACAGGUGCACCCUUGGCCGGAGUGGGCCAGUUCCAAGUGGCCACGCCUACGGGCACCUCCUAUUACGUGGAGGCGGCCACUCAGGGAGCUGCAGCCCAGGUCGCUCGGCCUGGUAUUGACCAGGGCGACCGCUCCGACCAAGGUGCUGGGGGCUUGCGAGAGGAAGAAGAGCGAGCGGCGUGGAUCCUGAGUGAAUAUAUCGCAAGUGGUCAGUUUGAAGAGGGCGCCGGCGCUGGACAUGACGAUACGGAAGAAGACCAGGGCGCCGACAACGACAACGACAACGACAACGACAAUAACGCAGAGUUGGAGGACGAGUAG